CACAACAGCCACAACAAGUGGAUGCUGCGAGAGCGCCUGAGCCGCGCGGCGACCAGCUGCAGUUCAAACGUGCGUGCGAGGGAAAUUGCAACAAGCGAGACGUCCUCUUGUCCGUAGCAGGAGGCGGGCUGGCCACAGGGAUUGCUUGCUUGCUUUUUGACAAACCUACAGCAAAAGCCGGGCUUGGAAAAGGCUAGUGAUCACCCACAUCCAUUCAUUCCCUCUCUCUGCCACACACACACACUCACACACGCACAAGCCCUCUAUUGUCCCCUCCCCCCGGCACAGGAUUCUUGCUCGUUUAUUAUUUUGCAAAGGUAAGGAGUGAUCGCCGCUGCCCAGCAUCCCCCCAACUUAGGCUGGCUGCCUCUCUCUCCAGGAGGUCUUGUUGCACACAAAGAGAAGCCAGAAAAAAAAUAACUCAUCAACCUGUAGGGCUGCCUGAACCUGCACCUGCAAACAGAGAUUGUUCAACACAAUCCUCUCUUCAAGCUCUCUCUCUCUCUCUCUCCAGAUCCUCAGGCUAGCGAGAACAGCGUUGCUCUUUCUCUGCCUAGGAACAGUUAAGUGCUCCUUCAGCAUGAGAAUAACCAAAGGGUGAUCCACUCCCUUGUCUCCUAUGGGGACCGCAGAGCCAGUUUUGCAGCCUUCAUCAUCUCCUCCUCAUCAUCUUCCUACUGUUGCCGCCAUCCUUGGUGCAGCUCCCAGGUUUGAAACACUGUUGACAGGCUGAAAAAAGAGGGCAUGGAUAGACCUCCUCACUGUGUAAACAAUAUGAGAGCUGGAAGUUGCUUCAACUCCCUAAAUAACAAUAUCAAUCAGUUAUCAGACUGCUAGGCCAAAGCACUGCUUGGAGGAAAGUAUGAGAAAACAGGCUAUUUGUAUUUGGUGACACUGGUGAACUAAAGACCUGAAACUUUUUUGGUGGUAAAAAACUAACAGAAGAGUUGCCCUCUCGAGUUGCAUAAACAUUUGCUCCUUGCUGGAUGUAAUCUUGGGAGCCUGCAAGAAUAUCAUGAAAUUGUUCAGAUCUGUUGAUCCUGCAUACACCACCAGAGAAUACUAAAACUAAAGGGGCUUGGUGGAUGAAAGGACAAGGCCUAGGCUCUUUCCUGAUCAAAUUUGAGAACUGCAUCUUUUGAUUAAUUUCCAUUCUUAGCAAAAGAUGUAACUUUUGUGAUACAGCCUGGAUGAUAAAGAGAUGCAGAUCUGUGGUUGCUACAAUUUUACAAAACACAGACUCAAGGCAACUGGUAUCCUGAUGGGUUGAGCUUCCAAGAGACCAGCCUCCAAAUGCAAACACCUUUGAACUUCCCACAGUAAAGCAACAAGCUUUGACAGCAGAUAAACCAAACGAUUUUGCAUUAAACAAAUAAACAAACAGUUGCAAAAUGGAGGUUGCAAUGGUGAGUGCAGAUAGCUCUGGAUGCAACAGCCACUUGCCGUAUGGAUACGCGGCCCAAGCACGGGCCCGGGAGAGGGAGCGACUGGCACACUCAAGGGCAGCAGCGGCUGCGGCAGUGGCAGCAGCGACAGCGGCAGUGGAAGGUGGAGCCACUGGUGGAGGGGGGCCCUAUCACCAUUACCACCAGGAACAAGGUCGUGGUGCUUCCUCCUCCUGUGGUGGCAAUACAUCCCGCAGCAGCCAGCCCCAGUGCCAGAACAGUAAGAGGAAGAAGCGAGGCAAAAAGAGAAGCCACCAUCUGGGAAGCAGGGAAUGUGGGGCCUCCUUCCCCUGCUCUGAGUUGUUGCCUCUCAGCGGCUCAGAAGAGAGAAUACUUAAGGAUUUGAGUGAGGAGGAGGAAGAGGAGGAGGAAGAUGAGGAUGAAGAGGAUGAGGAGGAAGGAAAGUUCUACUGCAGUGAUGAAGAUGGGGUGGAUGAUUUUUCAUACUCAGACCAGCCACCUGAUGAUGGUGGUGGUGGUGGUGGUGGCCCUGGGAGCUACAGCUCAGUUCGCUACAAUGAAUAUGAGUGCUGUGAGAGGGUGGUAAUCAAUGUGUCAGGACUGCGGUUUGAAACUCAACUGAAGACCCUGGCUCAGUUCCCUGAGACACUGCUGGGCGAUCCAGCAAAGCGGGGCAGAUACUUUGACCCACUCCGGAAUGAGUACUUCUUUGAUAGGAACCGGCCCAGCUUUGAUGCUAUCCUGUACUAUUACCAAUCUGGGGGCCGUCUCAAGAGGCCAGUCAAUGUGCCCUUUGAUAUCUUCACUGAGGAAGUGAAAUUCUACCAGCUUGGGGAGGAGGCCAUGCUCAAAUUCAGGGAGGAUGAAGGGUUCGUCAAGGAGGAGGAGGACAAGGCUUUGCCUGAGAAUGAGUUCAAAAGGCAAAUCUGGCUGCUGUUUGAGUACCCAGAGAGCUCCAGCCCAGCCAGAGGCAUUGCAAUUGUUUCUGUCUUGGUCAUUUUGAUCUCUAUUGUCAUUUUCUGUCUGGAGACUUUGCCAGAGUUUAGAGAUGACAAGGAGAUCAUACUAUCCCUGGCCCUGGGGAAGAGUUUUUUCAAUGAGUCACUGCACCAGGAUGGAGGGGGGCACACUGUCUUUAGUGACCCUUUUUUCAUUGUAGAGACAGUCUGUAUCAUCUGGUUCUCUUUUGAGUUUACAGUGCGGUGCUUUGCUUGCCCCAGCAAAGCAGCUUUCUUCAAGAACAUCAUGAACAUCAUAGACAUUGUCUCCAUUUUGCCUUACUUUAUCACCCUGGGCACGGACCUGGCUCAGCAGCAGGGCAGUAAUGGUCAACAGGCCAUGUCUUUUGCCAUUCUGAGGAUCAUCCGUCUGGUCAGGGUGUUUCGCAUCUUCAAGCUCUCCAGACACUCCAAGGGUUUGCAGAUCCUGGGUCAUACACUCAGGGCCAGCAUGAGGGAACUGGGGCUCCUCAUCUUCUUUCUCUUUAUUGGAGUCAUUUUGUUUUCAAGUGCUGUUUACUUUGCAGAAGCUGAUGAACCUACCACCCAUUUUCAAAGCAUCCCAGAUGCCUUUUGGUGGGCAGUGGUGACCAUGACUACUGUUGGUUAUGGGGACAUGAAACCCAUAACUGUGGGUGGGAAAAUAGUUGGGUCCCUGUGUGCCAUUGCAGGUGUAUUAACCAUUGCUUUACCAGUGCCAGUGAUUGUCUCCAAUUUUAACUAUUUCUAUCACAGAGAGACUGAGAAUGAAGAACAAACACAGCUGAUGCAAAAUGCAGUCAGUUGUCCGUACCUCCCAACAAAUUUACUGAAGAAAUUUAAGAGCUCAUCAUCUUCAUCCACAGGCGAUAAAUCAGAAUAUUUGGAAAUGGAAGAAGGAGUUAAAGAAUCUCUUUGUGCAAAGGAAAAAACAAGUCAGGAUGCAGGGAAUGGCAGUGAGACAGCAAAGAAAAACUGUGUAAAUUCAAAAUCUGUGGAAACUGAUGUGUAAUUCUGAACAUUUCCAAAUAUACUUAUGCAUUAAGAGUGCAGUGAUAAAUGAAAUAUGCAAACGAGUCUAAAGCAUACGGUAGUAUGCCAUUUAUUGGUUAAAUAUGAAUAAAAACGCAUUGCUAAACUUGUAUUACAUAUCAAGUAAAUGAUAUAACUUGUGGAAGGGGCUGGUUGAUCCAAUGUAAUUUCAAACUUUAUAUUUUUAUUAGAAUGCAAGUGUUUUGCACAUGAGGCAAAAGACAUUGUCAAAACCAGGACAGAUUUCAAGUGGGUGCAUGAACUGUCGACAUCACUAAUAACAGCUCAGUGGUAAAAGUUGGCAUUCAGCGGUAUUUACUAUGUAAGAAAAAGUGAAGUUCAGCAGUCAUCUAUCCAUUUAUCAUUGCUUUAAUAGCAGCUACCAUAAAUCAUUUGAUCCCAUAGUCAUUGUUUUCAAAAUGGUAAAAAAAAAUUGUAAAAAUAUAUUCUACAGAAUAUAGUUCUAAAUUUUAUCUUGAAAUCUAUAAUGCUUGUUUUUAACUGGAAAUUGACUUUGAAAAGGCUGCUGAACCUCCAGAAAUUGUUUAUUUUUAUAACUCUCUUUGGAGGCAUUGCAGCAUUUGUUGUCUAAUAUAUGGAAGAAAUGAAGUAAGAGAAUCUUUUAACAUGGUCUGAAUGCAGUAGCAAAGUGACUGGAAUGAUUUUUUGCACUACUUUAUAUGCUGGAGAAAUACUGAAAGAGACUUCAUACUGUGAAUGUUUACUAAUGUAAUAGUUCAAUGACAAUCAUUGGAAGAGUGAAUUCUGCGUCUUAUUUUAUUGUUUUUUUUUCCUUACAUGAUGCUGAUAGCUAAGCAGCUAAUGUUACAUUAAUUCCAUAUUCUUUUAAUUAUGAAAAUAUAUGAUCGGAAAAAGGAUCGUGCAGUAAAAUUUUAUAAUCAUUUUUUUUAAUCAGUCUAUUCUACUGAUACCCUUGAGAAAUAACAAUGUAUUUUAUAUUUUCUUUACUGCUUAAUUUGACAUUCAAAAUCCAAUAUUAAUACAUGCGCUUUGUCAAUGUUGAAAUAUUAGUGUACUUGAAGGGGCUGUAGCAGUAAUAAGAUGUUCCACUGCUACAGUAAUGAGGAAUAAGAAUUGCUAACUUUUAAAUGUGCUAUUAUUGGUGCUGUGUUUUUUUCCCCUUAAUUACAGCUUUCACCCAUGAACAUUUGAAACAACCUUUAAGACCAGAAUAGGCAUCCUGGGGUUUGAAAUGAAAAUUUUGGGAACCAGGCUGUCCUUGAGAAAACAUUUCUUCUCACCUAGGUUAGGGCCAGUGGUACAUUUCCUGUGCACCCCACACUCCUAUUAAUCCAAAUGGUAGAUGUGGAUGUGCAAGGAGUGCUCUAUGGGGGGCUACUGUGAAUCCUUCUGCCUGGAAUGAGUGCAUAUUUAACAAAAAGACUAUAAAGAGGUAUUUUUGGAUUCAGAAACGUGCAGGAAUGGCAUACUGAAUGGGAACUGUUUUGGACAGGCAUUGUGGUUCUAGAGUCAUCCAAAUUACUUAACUUGAAAAAGUGCUGACAUGGGCACUUUGGAACAGGUGUACUAAGGGAAAAAGGGGGAGUUACAGAUAUGCAGACUAAUUUUGCAAUGAUAGUCCCAAGGCGGGAACAGGAGUGUUCUGGAGCUGAAAUGCACAGGACAUCUUUUGGGACUCAAAACAACCUCAAUUUUUGUAAAUUGGGUGUCCUUUAUAGCAUGCAUAUCUAUCAGGCUAGGAAUGUUAAUUUGCAGCAACAGCAUGUGGCACAGAAAGGAGCCUUAGGCUUAGGACUCUCUUAAUUGGUUGAUUUUUUUUUUUUUUUUUUCCUGUGAGAUUAGAACAGGUCAUAUCAGCAAAGAAGAUUCUCUGCCUCUAUUCCAAUACAAUUCCAAUUGCAUUAAAAUUGCAUAUUGAACAGAGACAUUUAUAGAAGGUCCAGUGAAGACACUGCAGUAUGCUAUGCUGUGGUUAAAAAUGGCUAUAGGUGAGCAUCAGAUUUCUAGCAAAAUAUCCCAAACUGAUUUCACCAACUGUUUUGAAGUGGUCUUAAGAAGAGCUCCUGUUUAUUGUUGACAUUGCAAGCUAACUAGGUUUUAAAACGCAUUAUUACUUCACUAGAUUUUAUCUGUCAGAAUUCCCUAGAAUUUGGUUUUACAUUUCAUUCUAGCUAUUCUAAGUGUAUGGUGGGGGGAACAUAUAAGGAGACAGUGCCAAUAUUAAGGAUGAACAUUGCUGUAUUUACCAGAAAAUCAGCAAACAAUGCUUCUUUAACAGCUGACAAGUAACUGCAUUAUGAACAUAUGGAUUCCUUUGUAUAUUGGUUUUCUAGAUUUAAUGAAGACUGUAAUACCAGACAGUCUCAUUUGGGGCAAUAUAAAGAUAAUGAAAAUAAGGGAAUUACUAACUAAAGACUAAAUUGAGCAUUAGUAGAAAAUUAGGAGUGGAUGUUUGCCUGAUGAUAAGGGAAAGUGUGAAGUUUAGGCUGGAAAUAGAGAAUGAAUUUGAGAACAUGGUCAUAUUACAGAUAUAGAAACAACUUCAUAACAUACAUCUACAUAGCAGUCACAGAAUUUAGUGUGGGUUGACUGUCCAAAUAUUUGCCCAGCUUCUUAGGCAGGUUUUGCUCCAACGCUGAGCUGAGCUCCAUGCUGUUGCAGCCAGGCUGUUACUAGUAUCCAAGAUAGCAGAUUUUAAUGCUACCUCUGGCAAAUCUAUAGUGCAUGGCAGCCUAAAUGUACCAUUAAUUUCUUGGGAAAGAAUAUACAUUGCAUUCCUCUCGAGUACCUUGUAAAAACAAGCAGAGCAAUUUUAUGAUACCUGCUUUGUCUCCUGACGAAGUCUAUUCUAUGUAUUUGUAAUGGUCAAGUGAGGGGUUUUCAUUAUAAAUGAGAAAAACUCAGGCUGAAAAUUAGAUUGUGCUUCUAGUUUGGCAAAACCAACUUUGAACCAUAUAAAGGACUCUGCAUUUCCUGAAUGGAAACAAAUACCUUGACAUGAGCUGCCUCUGGAUUUGAUCAGCCAACUGCUCAUCAGUCCAGCCUGUUAUGACAUGUUAUGAAAAUGCCACAGUUCCACCCAGAAAAGACUAAUGUUUAAAGAUCCCAAAUGCUCAGUGUAAAAUACAUAAACCCAAUAAAGUACAACAAGGGUUGAAACAAUGUGCAAGAGAGAUCCUGUGUUGGAUACUUACAAUUCCCAUUUACUGUUGCUGCCGUCAAAGCUUUCUGAAUCCCAUCUGAUGCAGACAUCUACCAUAAAAAAUUUAGUCAUCAUUUAGGCAUUCUGAGUAUCUUGCAUUAUAAAGGAAAAUACAUCUCUGAUGUAACUGUAGUGAGUGGAAUUACACUAAGAACUAAGUUGGCUCUAAUAUUGAAGUUCAAACCAUACUGCAGUUGAUGUAUGCUCUAGUUACAAAGUAGUUCAUUUUUAUAAAUAAUAUAAAAUGAGAUAUUUUAUUUUGGGCCUGAUUCAUUUGCAUGGCUUUAAAUGUGAAAUAACUGCAUUAGAACUAAAAGCAGCAGAAAGUGAAAUUUAAAAGGGACACCAUUACUUAACGUUCUAAAUUGGCCUUUAUAUACAGAAUAAAUAAAUAUGUUUUUAUGGCAGUAUUCAUGCCAAGAUAAGAAAUCAGGUUCCUAAAGGAGAAUGCGUUUUCAGUUAACCUAAAGGAGUAGCGCAUUUAAUGCGUAACUUAACUUCAGAGAUUAAUUUGUUUCCCUUCUUUACAUUUACAUUGGUUCAUGGAAAGCUCACUUUGGACUCCCAUAAUUGUGUGAAAUCAAGUGUUAUGUUUCUUUGUUAAGGAAUUCAUGUCCAGGCUUUUCAGUGUUCAGAAAAGCUCACUGAGAAUUAUUCCACACAAGGCUAUUCCAGAUGGUAGAAAGCACAAUUCUGUUUGUUUUUGGUUUGAAAGACAAUCUCUUGUCCCCUUUUUUCUGUGUUGUUGUAGAGUGUAUAUUUUCAUUUUUUUGUUGUUGUGAAAAAUCAUUUUUGAGGGCUCAAAGACAUGAACAAAGCUGUUAUAGCUACAUCUAUGCUAUGUGUUUUGAGAAUAACAAAAAUGUAUUGUAGUAUGUUUUUCUUUGUCAAAGAAAACAUGAUCUGAUUGGAGUUUCAGUCAGCAAAGCCUUGUUCCCAGUAACAAAGAAAAAUGGAAGCCAUGUUUGAUGGUAAUGUUUAUAACCAUUUUGGCAUCAGGUCUUAACCCUGAAAAAAAGAACCCUAUUUAGUGGCCCCUAACAUGGAGAGUUCAUGUAAAGUGAGGAGAGUCCAUUCUGUUUAAUCUGGAUUUAUAUAAAAUCAGUAGGAGGUGGCUCAAGAAUAUGAAACACCUAUACCGGAUACAUUGCAUUUUAUAGGGCUAGUGUAAUAUCGAGUCCUAUUCUGGUCAUGCUGUGUUCAUGGAAAGUCUUUUUUGUGAAGUAUAGAGUUCUGGUAGGUGCCUUUACAGUGAUUUCAGAGCUCAGAAACUGUAAUGCUCUAAAACUUAUUCUAAACUAAGUUUUAGAAUAAGAUUUAUGAAACUUUGUUCAUAGUCCUUAGAUUUGAACUUUUUUUGGAGAUUUAUAACUCAUGUCCUUUAUACCCAGCUUUGACAGAUCCUACAUUGGUUCUACUUUCACUGUGUGCUGUUACAAAUAAAGACCUAAAGUGAUUUAAAUUAAUUGGCUUGAAAUAGUAGUAUACUAAAAACGGGUGAGCUUUAAACAAUUUACAUAACAUAUAAACUGUAUUUUUAUCAUAAGAUCAACCAGAAUGGUCAUCCAUAAUAUUUAUAGACAUGGCACAGGGUAUGUAAUUAUAUUGUUGACAAUCUGAAUGAUCAAAUACUUCUGAUUUUGCAGUGAAUGACAUCUGCUUCAAUGGUUUAACAUAUUUGUGCAUCUUUGUUUGAAACAGAUACCUGUGGAGAAAUUGGUUAUUUUUAAUCAUGUAGACUAAAAUGAACAUUCAUUUCCACCAGGAUCAUCUGAGGUGAAAACUUACCUUUACAAAUUAAUGCCAGGUUACAUACUUAAACAUUUUGUACCUGGCAACCAGGUACAAACAUAAAGGCUUUAUAUUCAACCAUGCUUUCUGUAUAUUAAGAUUAUAUAUAAGUUCAUAAAGAAAAGUCAUUAAAGCAUUGUGUACUGA